UACUUGAGGACACAGGGAGGAGUAGAGUAGCUAGUUCGUUUCCUAAAAACAGAUUUCCCGUACUGUCGUAGCUAAGGGGAGAAACGGUCUGUAACUAGGAAACGAUGGAUUUAAUGAAUGUACACGUUUUUGACAGCAUAAAAUGUUUUCUGUCUUUCUGACAGUUACAGUAUAGUUCUAAUUCUCUUUACUAAAACUGGCCAUUUAGACUUGGCGGAGGUUCAGUUUGUUUUACCUGAGUUACAGGCGCCGUCAUAAAUAAGUUUACACUCGCUUAGUUAGGUCAAAUCUACUGGAUGGAAUCGGAACCACUGCUGACUGGAAGCAUUAACUACGGCUCCCACCCUGACCACAAUGAUCACCUUGAAAAGGGAUCCCCAAAGACGAGACGUCUGUCCUACUCGGUUGCAGCAGAGUCCUGCUGUGUCGAAGGGGGUGAUGAGGAUCUCUACCUCCAGCAAGCUGUUGUGUUUAUUGAGGACGCCAUACAGUACCGAUCCAUCAAUCAUAGGGUGGAUGCAAACUCAUUACGUCUGUACAGGUGGUACUUCUCCAGGAUAUGGCAAUGGGGGCUGGGCCUGACUAUUGCGGUCGUCUUGAUGCUGGCUUUCAUCGAGAGGCCCUCGUCCCUCUCCUACACAUCAGACCCUCGCUUCAGACCUCCCCCCUGGGAGCCCCCUUGUGGCCUGACAGAGGGCAUAGAGAUAGUCUGCCUCAUCAUCUUUGCCAUUGACCUCGCUACCAAGAGCUAUUUGAUUGGUUGGGAGGAGUUCCGGAAAUGCAAGUGGUUGAUUGUCUACAUCUUGGUCAUCUCAGCAUCUGUAAUUGAUUGGACAUUGACAUUGAGCAUGUAUUGUGAACAGAACUUACGAGUUAGGAGACUCAUUCGGCCAUUCUUCCUCCUUCAAAACUCCUCCCUGAUGAAGAAAACAUUAAAGUGCAUCAAGAGGACCCUCCCAGAGAUAGCCAGUGUUAUCCUGCUCCUGGCUCUCCAUCUCUGCCUCUUCACCAUGAUUGGCAUGCUGCUCUUUGCUAAAGGAGAGAACCCAAAGCACAAUGGGGAGUGGGAGGCCUACUUCAGAGACUUGCCCACGUCUCUCUCCUCUCUCUUGGUGCUCCUCACUACAGCCAAUAACCCUGAUGUGAUGAUUCCGGCCUAUUCCUUAAACCGAGGAUACUCCAUCUUCUUCAUUAUGUUUAGUGGUUUUGGAACCUACUUCUUGAUGAACUUACUAACUGCCAUCAUUUACAACCAGUUCAGGGGAUACCUGCUGAUGUCUGUCCAGGCGUCCAUCUUAAGGAGGAGACUGGGCAUCAGAGCUGCCUUCGAGGUCAUGUCCUGCCAGGGGCGGGGUCAGGACGCUACACACUCAGAGGAGCAUGUAGAGCGUGUGCGGGUGGAUGCAUCUUUGCAGGUCAUGGCGAGGGUACAAAUGAAGUCAUACUACAGACAAGCCAUCAUCAAGAGAGUGCAGCAGUUGUCAGAUGGCUUCAUCCAGUGGGAGGCCUUCCGGAGGCUGUUUGAUGAGCUGGACAAGGACCGCAUCAAAGAGCAUCCUCCAAAGCCAGAGUACAACUCCCCACUCCUCCAGAGGCUUCAGGUGGUUUUCAGCCACUACUAUGUUAUGAUAGUGGGCAACGCCGUAGCCCUGGCCAAUGUCAUGUGCAUCUGUACCAUACUGGUGCUUAACUCCGAGAAGUCCAUUGCAGAGCGGGAUGACUACUACAUGGAAGUUAUUAACUGUUUCUUUAUUCUAUACUACCUGAUGGAGAUGAGUCUAAAGAUAUUAGCAUUUGGAUGGAGAGGCUACCUGUCAUACAGAAACAACAUCUUUGAUGGACUUCUCACAGUUUGCCUUCUGGUCCUUCAGAUCACCAUUUUUGCCACCUACAGGCUUCCAUUUCCUAAAUGGAACCCAGCGUCGCGUGGUCUGAUGUCUCUGUGGGAGAUGGUGCGUCUGGUCAACAUGCUCAUCGUCGUCCGCUUCCUCCGUAUCAUCCCUGAUAUCAAGCUGAUGGCCCUUGUAGCGAGUACUUUGGUUGACCUGGUGAAAAACCUCAGAGCUUUUGCAGGAAUACUAGUGGUGGUGUUCUAUGUGUUUGCUGUCCUUGGCAUCUGGCUGUUCCAGGGAGCCAUCACUGCUCCAGGGAAGAUUAGUGUGAUCUCCAAUUCCAGUAUGGAAAACAUCACCUUUAACUUCACCAUGCAGUGUGGUUCCUACGAGCAGCUGGGCUACUGGCCAAACAACUUUGACGACUUUGCUUCGUCCCUUGUCCUCCUUUACAACAUCAUGGUGGUGAAUAACUGGCAAGUCUUCAUGGAUGCCUACACCAGAUACACCACAGAGUGGUCCAAGGUCUACUUUGUCUCCUGGUGGCUUACCUCCUCUGUCAUGUGGGUCAACUUGUUUGUGGCUCUCAUCUUGGAGAACUUCAUCUAUAAGUGGGACCGGAGUGUCACGUGUUCAGUGGCGGACGUUGAGCGAACGGGCUACGAGACCACCGUCCAGCUCAUGUUCAGAGAACAAAUUCAGGAGCCUACAGAGGAGGAGCUGGUCACCCAACUCCAUCAGCACCCUCACCUGCAUCUCAGCUGAAGACCCUACACCCCUCACACACCAUUGGACCCUACGUCCAACCAGGCUUGUACCAAUCCAAAAUAAGCAGGGCCUUUACAGGCUAUCACGUUUGUCUGUGUGAAUGGCAGGGACUCAAAAGCAGAAAAGUGACAAUAUUGUUAGGGCUCUCUCAAUUCUGAUUAGUCCUAUGUUGUCACAUUUUGGAUGUUUUUGCACUCAAACCACUGAACAACUGCCUCACUCCCUGCAUCUGUUACUUUAAAACGGAGUUUGAAAGAUUGAGUUGCUAAGCGUUUUGUUCAUGUUAAGUCUGUUAUCACUUUCGUUUGAUGGCAGUCACUAUAUGCCAUCAAACAAAACAAAAUACACCACUGUUCUUAAUGAAUUUAUUUAAUAGGGAGUAAAAAGGGAAAAGGACUAGUUUUUAUUCGUAUAUUUGUCAUGAAUGCUGUUUCUUUUGCUUACCUGCCUUGCAAUGUAAAUAGGAUUUUUAUGCAAAUAAAGAAAUAUGGGUUUUA